CACGACUAAGCGACAAAAACAUACAGACCCACUUCACCCCAAUUUGGUAAGCGCCAAGUAUGGUAUCACGUGCGAGACCCUGGCCACCUGGAAAGAGCGUCGCAGCUAUUCCCAUAAAGCCCUUUGACUUUCAAGUCUCCAACUCAACAACUCAACAACUUAACACCACGUCGUAUCGCAUUGACCAUCCAUAAUGGCCUCCUCCGAACAAGAUCCCCUUCUCCUGCUUCGUCAAUCGAUCGCGUCCGAAAGCACAAUUCUACCAACCACAACUGCAGAUGCGACAUCAGCCUCGUCUGUAGACUUGAGCUUAGCAAAAGCAUCAUUUUUGCAUUUCACAUCUCCGAGCCAACUCUCUCUACCUCUCACAACACCCACGCGCUUCAUCUUCAAAAAUAAACCCGUCGAUCUUCGAAGUAUCUAUUUCGCAUGGCUGAAGAAAGAUACAACCCCUCCAGAAUACAAGACCGCGGUGCAAGCUCUAAAUGCGGAACUGGCAGCUAAUGGAGUUACGGGUGGACAGGUACAGAACUUGGGAUAUGUGGAAAGAAUUGAUUUGACUACAUAUUUGGAGGGUGCUACGGAGGAAAGUGAAUACAUCAAAUCUUUACCAUCGGAUUCUGCUGCGGCAGCGGCUUCUGCCCAGGUCGCUUCUGGAGCUGCGGGUGGAAUUGCUCCUGUUACUAGUGGUGCUGCUGGAAGGCAAGGAAGGAGUAUUGAUCCAAGAUUGGCGGAGAUUUAUAAUGGGGAGAGACGGAUGGGCGAUCGGAAUAGUGUGCUGCGGGGGAUAAAGCCAACUGUAAGUUGACAAUUUUUCCUCGUUAGGAAUAUAAUACUAACUCCAUUUCUCUCAGGACUUCUCCCACGUCCGCAAACUAGCCGUACCUUUUAACGCCAGAAAAGCAGCUCAAGCGUCAGCCAAAAACCCAACUUUGGCAACUCAUCCAAAGGUCCCCAUGAAACGGCCCGACCCCAUCAUCCUCCUUUCACCUUCAGCAUCUUCAUUACUCCGUAUGUCAAACAUCAAGUCCUUCCUCGAGGGUGGUGUCUACGUACCACCAGAGUCCUCAAAUUCAACAUCCAGCUCAUCCGCCACUCUCCUCCAUAUAAUGCGCCACAUGCCUUCCAUCGACCCUAAUAAGGCCAUUAGAUUCAUCAUCGUCGACACUCCGGAGCAGUUCAAGCCCGAGUACUGGGCGCGUGUUGUGGCUGUCUUCACGACUGGCCAGCAAUGGCAAUUCAAAUCGUAUAAAUGGCAGGAACCCACGGAGCUGUUCAGACAUACGCUUGGUGUGUAUCUUGGAUGGAGAGGCGACCAGUUACCUGUCACGAUUAAGGGCUGGGGACGGGGAGUUUGGAGUGCGCAGGUUGAGAAAUGGAGUCAAGGGGCAGGAGCGGCGAGUCGGUGGAGGGAUCGGGAGAUUGUGGAAGGGGUUUGGAGGGCAAUUGAGGAGAACAUGAGAUCGAAGGGGUGGAGGAGGGAUUCCGGACCUGCGGUUGUAUGAUUAAUAUGUUGCAUUUGUGGUUUAUCAUCAUUUGCAUGGUGUUUUGGAGUCUUCUUUUGGUAACCCAGUAUUUGAGUCUGGGCGGAGAACGGGGGAAAUGGUAUAUUAUGGAGAAGAAGAAAUUGGCA